AUUUGAUAACAUAUUAAAUAAUUAACAAGAACUUUUUUGAAAAAACUAAUUUUGUUACUUGUUUCGAUUUAGUAAUUAGUACUGUUAGUAGAAAGUAUACUUACCAUCAAAAUUUAUCAACACAUUUUUAUUCUGAAGGUAGUUUAAUCUUACAAUUAAAAGGAUGCCUCCUAAAAAGGCUCAGGGCACUAGCAAAAAAGCUGAUCAAAAAAAAAAAGAAAAAGUUAUCGAAGAUAAAACGUUUGGACUCAAAAAUAAAAAAGGAGCUAAACAACAAAGAUUUAUUCAACAAGUUGAAAAACAGGUCAAAUCAGGUGGAAUACCACCACGAAAAGUUGAAGAAAAAAAGAAAGACGAUAAAGAUGAUUUAGGACUAAUUUUCAAACCUGUACAAAAAAUAGAAAAAGGUGCUGAUCCAAAAUCAAUUUUAUGUGCAUUUUACAAGCAAGGUCAGUGUGCCAAAGGAUCAAAAUGCAAGUUUUCCCAUGAUUUGGCGACGGAGAAAAAGGCCGAAAAACGUAGUAUGUAUGUAGAUAUGCGUGAUGGGGAUGAAAAUGAUACCAUGGAAAAUUGGGAUGAUGAAAAACUGAAAGAAGUAGUUGAAAAAAAACAUGGGGAAAGUGAAAAGAAGCAUCCAACUACUGACAUAAUUUGCAAAUUUUUCUUGGAAGCUGUAGAAAAAAGCAAAUAUGGAUGGUUUUGGUCGUGUCCAAAUGGAACGUCUUGCAUUUAUAGGCAUGCAUUACCGCCUGGCUUUGUUCUUAAAAAGGACAAGAAAAAAGAUGAAAAGAAAGAUGAAAUCCAAUUAGAAGACUUGAUAGAAAGAGAACGUGCAGCUUUAAAUUCUGUUAAAUUUACAAGAGUUACUUUAGAAAGUUUUUUGGCUUGGAAAAAGCGUAAAGUUAAGGAAAGGAAAGAAGCUAUUAUUAAAGAUGAAGAGAAAAAACGUACAGAUUAUAAGGCUGGAAGACAAAUCGGACUUUCUGGUCGAGAAAUGUUUUCAUUUAAUCCUGAAAUGGCAAUUGGUGAUUCAAUUGAUGAUGGAGAAGAAGCAUUUGAUUCCUAUUUGCGUGAGGAGGAAGAAGAAAAUGAAAAUGAAAAUGUACGAGAAAUUAAGUUGGAAGCAUUGGAAUCCGAGGCAAGUGAAGUUGAUGAUACAGGUACUCGGCUACCAAACACCAGAUUUGUAGAGGCAGAAUCAGCUGCUAUCCCAAUUAAUGAAAAUCUUUUUGUCGAUGAAGACUUAGAUGAUUUAGAUGAUGAGCUUAAUGAAUUAAAUUUAGAAGAAGAUUCAUAAAAUUAAAUUAAAGUAUAUAAAAAAUCAA